AUGACGCCGGAAGAUGAAGCCUACUGCUAUUUAUCUUUUAUAUUAUUCAUUUUCGACUUCCAAGUGGGUUUCUUCCCCCUUCCCUUUUCUGGAAGUCAUCAACUACCACCGUUUUUGUGCUGCUAUUGGCAUAUUAAAAGGUCGUAUUCUGAAAGAACACCUUUACAAGUUUUCUCCCUAAUUCUUUGGAACCGUACUGGAUAACUUCUUGCACAGGUAUCACUCAGUAUGUUUUUAAAUUCUGUUAACUUUUGAUCGUCUUAUUUACAGUAACGUUAAUUUAUGCUUGUCCUAUGAUUAUAAGCAUCCUUUUGAAACUUCAAAGACAGUUUUCAUGGUUGUGAAGUUUAAUAUAUUGCCGCUUUACUAUUCAUUUUAUCAUUGAAACUGAGACUUUCUGCGAAAUGUAAAUAGUUUCGCGAUAAGAUAAAUUGUACGUUCGCUGAGUGAAAAGCUUCAGUUUUUUUAACUGACAAUUAUUUAUACAAAAGUUUCUGCCGUUGCCCGUCCAAACGUUAAUUAAAAAAAUAUACACGAACAUUUCAUCAUGAUAAACUGGAUAAAUCCUCCACUGAGCUUAAGGCGCUUAUUAACGCCCUUUGAAAACUAAAAGGCAUAAAAAGAUAUGCCAACAGUAAUGCCAUCUUGUGUGCGUGGGCUUUUUCCGUUGAAAUUGGCCCUCAGUUUUUUUCCAAAAAAAAAAUAGAUUACUUCAAUGUCGAUUUACUGGCGCUAUCUUGUAUCCAUAAACGGAUUCCUUACUUAACCUAGAAAAGUACAGAGAAAGAAAAAAUGUUAAAUGAACUGAAAUUAAAAGGAAAGGAGCGGUAGAGGUUAUCCGAAGCGUGGGUUGAAGAUCCUGUUCAUUUUCAAUUUUGAUUUUCACUGAGCAAAAUCCUCUCUGGGUGAUUGUAGAUAAAUUUCCUCAGAAAGAAGGGUGCUUUUAACUCUAAUUAAACACCAGAGGAGAAACAUAUGAAACUUAUCAGUAAGGGGCCGACCAUUUGCCUUUUGAAGGAAGGGGGCGGGGAGGGGUAAGGGUGAUUUCAGAAUAAAUAUACCCUGCAGACUGAUUUCGAGGGAAAAAAUCUUGAAAGAAAAUCAAAACCGGGGAAAAAAAUUCCUUGACUGAAAAAAAAAUUCUCUCUGGUGCAUAAUGCUGGAAAAAAUUCUUCUCCAGAGGUUUGAGAAAAAAAUUCUUACACAAACCAAAUCACCCAUACCCCCCUCCCUCCCCCCUCAAAAGUUUAGAAUAUGUAUGACUAUUGAAUUGUUAUUCCCAGUCCGCGCGCGGUCACGGGGAGAGUUCGCGCAGGUGGUUUGCUAACGCGCAUUUUGUCAGUAAACCGCUUGCCGGGAAAAAAAAUUAAGCUUGGCAAUAAGUGCUGUUAAAUAUAAGUAGAGAAUAAAUGAUUCCGUAUGUCAAGAAAAGAAUUUUAAAAAAAAUCCAUAAAAUUUUUAAUUUACGCCUAAGAUAAAAGUUCAUGUGAAAAAAUAGGUCGCUCCUGGUAAUAAUUACACAUGUUUUGUAGGCUUUAAAUCUUUUUCAUAAUUUAGUUGGCUUUGUCAGCAAUUGCCUAUCGGGGAGAUCCUGUCUCGGUGUUUUAUUCAAAUUACUUAUUGUUAUUCAAAUUUCCGUAACCGGAGUUCUCUCGGCCAAAGCAGACGUUUGAUCGCCCGCUUGUGAUCAAAGCGCAAAUCUUUAUGGUUAGCGCUGUUUUACAAUGCGUGGGAUAACUGUACAUUGCCCGUGAAACCAGAGAAGUCUUAUCCACGGAAUUGAGAUCUUUAGAAUGCUGACUAAAAUAGCUGCUGUGUAAAUGUGAAGGUAUAUUUUUCAAUCUCAAUUUUGACUAUGUUUUGUUUGCAUAGUUAUAUGACAACGUACCAUCAAGGCAAGCACGUAAAAUGCACGAAACACCACUCAUCCAAUCUGUUAAAAAGCAUUUUUCUAGAGCUGCAUUCGUUUUUGGCAAAGUGGAUUUUUCUAUGUCUCAUACAACUGCUGAAAUUAAAUUUUCAGAUAUAUAGAAUGAGUAUACACAAGCCUUGCUGGAAUUCUGAAACGUUAAUAUUCGCCUUUCAAUUUUUUUUUUCGCUUUCUGCAAAAUAGUAAGAAAUGGAGUCAAACUAAGUUUUGAGGGAACAAAUUGAAACAUUUUAUUAUUCUCAGAGUUAUUACUACAGACAUCAAUUAUGGUUUGCUGUUCUCAAGAUAUCGGGUUGUUUCGUCGAUGUAAAGGAAUACGUUUGGCGUUUUAAAGUGAUAUGAUGGCUUGUCCCAGAUAUGCCGAUGUGAGACAAUUAUAGAAAUGUUGAUACGAAAGGAGAUGAUCUUUCAAGGAGAAUUAUUUAUAGCAGUAUUAUUUUUACCAUAGCAUACGUAGUUUAACUUCACUAAAUGAAAACUGUGAGUCAUUUGCAAGUCACAUUUCCUACUUUGUUAUCUUAAAAUUAAAUUGAGAUGAAUAUCGACAUAAAUGCAAGAAGCCGCAAAAUCGCAAAGUCUACGAGAUUUCACGAUACAGCUAGUAACGCUUUUUUGAUAUUUUUUUGUCAUAUUUUCCUGUGUUUUGCCUUGUAAAUCAGCUUCGUUUUCAACUACUGUUUUUUUCACCUGCUGGCAUCGUAAUUGAUGUAGUUGGGAACAAACGACAUCGUUUCACUGUUUCCUUUUAAAUGUACCGAACCGAAUGAUUAUGGUCAAAUUUGUUAGUUUGCAAACAGAAGAGAAAAAAGUCCAUCAGAAAGUGUUGCGAACGUUCGCCAGGUUUAUAAUCGUGGUGUUCAUUAAACAGUAUUCACUCAUAGGUAAGAUGCGCUAGUGUGAUCGGUCGUAGCCGCAAACAAUGACGAUCUCAAAUAGAUUACAGUUUUAACAAUAAAGCCACAUCAAUAUACGUCAAACAUAAGUUUGCUUUUAUUUAUUUUCUUCACUGAUCGUACUUCAUUAGAAUGAAACAGCUGUUUAGCCUUUAACCUCAUUAUGAAAACGAGUUCACAGCACAGGUUACCCAAGCUGAAAAUAUCGCUUCGCCCAUUCGUCUUGUCGUUUUGCGCAACAGUCUGUAUGGAAAAAAAGAGUUUUUCCUACGCAAAUCCUUUUUUGCUUUGACUGUUGCGCAGUUGACACAAUUUGCGGACGCUUCUAUUUCGAGCUUUGGAUUGGCUGUGGUUCGAAACAAUAGUUCUUUGCAACGGCUGAAAAACAUAUUAAGUCAGGGGAAAAUAAGAAAACAAAACUAAAACAAAAGUCGAUUUCGUGUACACGAAUAAAUUGUUUCCGCCAGAACAAAGAAGCGUUUAAAAUAAUUAAAAUUUAGACCAAAUAAUGUCUAGAGCACGAGCAUAAACGGAGUAAAUUUUUUAAUGAUGUUUAAGUUUUGGUGAAUCUAAGAAUGAAUUUAACAUUUUCAUUUACUUGUGAUAAUUUGUCUUAAAUUUACUUCGGACAGAAGUAUUCUUCUUUUAUGAACAUGAAAGAGCUGUUCUAUUAUUUCUUUCACAUGAAAUUAAUCUAAUAAACCACAGUGAUCUUGGCCUGUAGUUGCUUUUCGUGAUGCCGACGUUUUAGCCUUUGAGUAUUAUCGGAAAAAAUCGAUCGUUAUAGAGCACUCUCUUUCUGACAAAAGAAGGCCUCAGGCUUGGCGAGCGUCAAUUACUAGGAUAUUCGUCAGUUUUAAGACCAUUACAUAACGAAAAUCUAUUUGAAGUUGUCUCGUUAAAUGGCUUUAAAAUUCUCCUGAGGGCUACAACCUGAGAGACUAUAUUCAUACUGUCAGCUUUUUCAUUAAUAGUUACGUUGAUGGAAAAAUACAACGUGACACGAAACUACGGCUGUCUAUUUUGGGUAUUUGUCGGCCGUAUUUACAGUUAUCGUUUAUUAUACAGCAACAAACAAACUUUGUGUAGUGCUUUCGCGUGCACACGUUUUAAAAUCGAUGCAACAUCAUUGGUUUUGAAAGGGUUUCAAACUGUAGUUACAGACGAUAUUACAUUAGUUACGAGACGGAGACGACCUUGACUUCUUAUCUAUUAAUAUUGCCCUUGAAAACCGUAAUUGGUUGAAAUUACUGAAUAUUCUAAGCAUUAUGCUGGUUUCUAACUUUUUUCUUAAUUGAACAUUCUGACAAAAGGAUGGCGGAAACCUCGUCAGAAAAUCCGCACCUCUAACUUCAAGAUUCUUCCACGGUUAUUGCACCAGAUAUUAAAAUAAAAGUAAUCAUCCAUUAUUUAAUGAAUAUACGCUCCUUUUGCCCUUGUUUCGUUCAAACACCAAAUCAUCUUCUCAUUUAUUUAUAACAUCAUAAUCUGAAUCGUUAUAGGAUCUUAUAACACUCUUGUUAAGCUUCACUAAAAUAGUGGGUUACUUUCUUUUGCAGCAUGGUAAGACAACGGUCAUAUUUCUAAAGGAAAUUUAACGAAAAUAAUCUAUUCAGUUUGCUUAUGUUUUACGUUUUGAAAUUAAUCCAGUCAUAUUGUUUAGAUUAAGGCAAUAAUAGAAGAGCUUUCUAGAAUUGUCUUUAAAUUUCUGUUUAAAUUAAGGUUGAUAAUUCUCAAAGAGAGGUUCGUCAAAUCCCCAAGAGCCUUCAAAUAGGUUCGUGUUUGUUUUUCGAUAUGAAGGCAUGUGGUCUAAAUUUUUUGUUUGAAAAAUAUAUCACUUAGGUUGUAUUCAUAAGCAUUAAAAUACGCUAUUUUGUUUACUAAAACACGUCACGUUAGCACUUUUUCCAAAAAAUGACACGAUACAAUAGGCUACAGCACACAUGCAACUCACUAUUUUGCUUUUUCUUUAGCAGUGACGUUUCACGAGAUUCUGAUUAUGAAUUAUGCAAUAAAUUCUUAUCUUGAUUAAUUUUAAUCUGUUGCAUCUCUCUUCUGACCACGGCUUUGGAAUCUUGCAGAGUUGCCCCAUCAGCCUAUUCUGCCUCUUCUUUUAACCACAAAAUAAGUUAAAUACUGUUUCGGUAUCAUUGUGCUCAGCGUACCGAGACUUGACAACUUUGUCCAUUUUCCUUGUUGACAGGGUUCUCCUUUAACCAAACAACCCUCAACCGUAAACGCUGAAGCUCUAAAGGAAGAUUCAACCAUGUGGCGAAUUACUACAACGCGAAAGCUGGCGGAAUUUGUAAGUUGUCUGUGGUAUUCUUGACGUUAAGGAGAUAAUUGACUUUUUUCUUAAGCGCGACUUAUCUCAACGUGCAGUGGGAAAAUGCUGUUGUUAAUAUCAUUUUCAACUUUGAGUUUCUUGGCUUAUUCACUCGAUUUUGGGGCCAGAUUAAAGAUAGUUUUCCUGUUGAUUCAAAAUUUUGCUUUUAGUCAGGUUAUACCUGGCCUGGAACGACUCCGAUGUCAUUUAGGCCUACGAAACUGGUAAAAAACCUCACCAUAAAGCACUUAAAACACUUAUCACUCAUUUAUUUGUAUUGUUUCUUGUGUUUUUCGUUUUGUAAUGUAAAUUGGAAAAGAAAAAACGACAGGAGAAUAAAAUUCGGCUUGUAAUUAUCACGUGACUUUUGUAACACUUCGGACAUGCGCAAUGGAGCUUUGACGUUAUUCCCUGUGGGGGCCUGGGCGCCCCUGCAGGUAAAACUAAAGAUUUUUCAGUGGAAAUGAAAUCGUGGGAGAUCAAACGGUUUGCGUCAUUACAUGUUUGCUUCAAAAACAAAUGAUUUCUAAAGUAUCAAAAUGUUAACGCUUGUUUCGAGGGGUGCGCUAUACAAGACAGCGAUUACAAUGCUAGCAGACAUAUCAGAUUUAUUUGUUUAUUUAAUUUUUUUACGUUUAUUGUACAGUUCAGUAUUCUUUCUUUUGUUUGAAUUUAUUCAUAACGAAAAUAUCAUCCAUCAAUUUUUCACAACUGUGAAUGACAAGAACAACCUCAAUUGCCACAUUUAUUUGAUCUCCGUCAUGUCUUUAUUCAGUGAAUGCUUUCUAUGUACUGUAAAAAUCUUUAUUAAUUACCCUAGAUGGAUCUUAUUUUGCUCUUAAGUUUGAACAAUAUUUCAUCUAAUAAAGAAGGAAAACGCAUUUUUCUAUGCGGUUUGAUAAGAGUAGAUAAAAUCUAACAGACAAUAGCCAAGGGAUUCAUAACAACCACGAACGAUUUGAAAAGUUCGGCUACGUUCUUCCACGGUUAUUAAAUUCAUUUCCUGCCCUUAUUACAUAUGUGGUACAUAAACUCAGCAACAAAGUAAUGCAAAUGAAAGACUCCAGAAAGACUCAGUCAAGAAGUUGGAUAUGUGAAAGUCUCACCGAGAUAAAACGGAACGAGGAUUGUGGCCAGAGGUAUGCCGGGGGCUUUCCCCGGCAGCAUGUACCUACAAAGUCUACUGCAUAGAUUCAAAUUCAAAUUCAAAUUCAUCGACCACAAUGACUCGCUUCGAAGAAGAGAUAAUAUGUUGGAAGACAAAUGACGGGUUAUAUUCCUACCAGAAACAGAUACAGUCGGUUACGUAUCAGGUUUGUAGAUUUGUGUUGUUAGUUUAUUUCCAGCGCUUGGUGUAUAGCUGGUACUUCAUUUGAGUAAGGAAUGUCGAAUAAACGCCGUUUUAUCAUGUCAACGUUGGUGUAGUUAGAGAUGCAGACUGGGGAUAUAUUUGAUAGCCAUAAACCUUCUUUAUCAUUCUUGAAAAUUUCCGCUAAAGUUAUUGGAUAACUAAAAUAAUCGGUUACAAUUUUUUUGCGAGCCGUUUCGUUACUUUCAAGCGAUUCUGAUUCCAAAAAACCUUAUUUUACGUCAAAAGUUCUUUUCUAAACGAAGACUAACAAAAGCGAAGGAAAUCAUAAAAAUUUUGUCUCCAUUUAAUUAAGCUAAGAAAACAUACUUCUUAUUCAAUUAACACAAAAUUUUGUAAUAAGUAAUUUUGGACGCCAGAUCAUAUGGGCCGUUCUUCUUGACCUAUCAGCUGCAGGUUAUAGAAAACCAUAUUUGCUCACAAAUGCAAAGAUAGUCUCUUAUUUGAUCUUACAUCCCUAAUAAACUAUUUUUUGUGAAUCAAGACCCCCAAUGGUGGUCACCAUAAUUUCUUGUUACUUGUGUUUGCGUCCAGCUGUGUCAUAUAUUUUGCUGAUAAGCUGGAUGUGAAGGUAUUUUAGAAGACUCGUAUUUGAAUGGUACUGGCUAACUACUGGCUAACUAACUAAUCAUUUCUUUGAUAUCGGCUGAACUGAUAAUGCGUUGUUUAUUAGUUUUGUUCAUAUCAUCUUUCUGCCUAGAGCAGAACUUAUUAUAGCGGAAGCCGGUUAAAACGGACUCCAAAGGAACAAGCCAAAGAGACCCGGGCACCUGCUUUAUCGAUACAAAGACAACGAUAUUUAAUGUCGUAGCUGUAGCUGCUGGAGAAGCACAACCUGGAGAAACGAAAUUAAAGUUCACCCAGUGUUUUGGAUUGCGACCAUGUACUCUAAACUCGUUCCCAGGCCGGUCUCUCGGCCCAUUUCUGAAGAGAAAGCCCUGGGAAUGAGGCUGGUUCCUCACCCACAAAACAAGAUUGUGGCAGCUUUUAGGGAUGUAGGAAAUUUUCCAACGGUCUUUCCGGUCAUGUUUUAUAGAGAAUCGACCCUUGGGCGCAUGAAGUUGGUCGAUCCAUAUGAUGAGGGAACCGAGGACAGCCAGGUAGACUGUUCACAGUCCCCUAAUUUUCCGUUCGAUCAUUGGGAUCGAGCACCUACCCUUACGAACGGCCAUCGUGGUUUAAAAUGUACCAAGUCUAGCCUGAGCAAAUCCCAACGCCUGCACCCUCGGUAACCGUGAAACCAAGAUGGCCGCCCGGACGGAUCAGUCAAUUCCAGUUGCGCCCAGCCUCCCCCAGCUACUGCGGGGCAUUUUCCCGCCUUUUCAGUCCCGGGGGUGGGGUAUUUGCACAUUUUGCGCUGCCCGGCAGCCGGCCAUUUGCAAACCCCGGGGCUAGUCCCGAGCUUUUGACACGCACGCGGUUUCCUAUCAAAAUGUAACUACACAGAGGAUAUUACUGGAAAAAUAGCAGAUUGGCCUAUCUGUCACGGACAGGGGGUUGUAAAGGCAUGUUCUCAGUUUUACGCAUGCAUUUCUUCACUGCUUAUCAAGCCAGAAUUACUGGCGAAACUCGGGAGCUAUCGACGUGAAUCAACGCUUUUUAGUUAGUGAAUCAAAUUUCUGUUGAUAUGAUUUAAAGAAUAUCUUUUCAUAUUUAUAACCUAUUCAUAACAUAUAACUUUUCCUAUCAGAAUGUAACUACACAGAGGAUAUUACUGGAAAAAUAGCAGAUUGGCUUAUCUGUCACGGACAGGGGGUUGUAAAGGCAUGUUCUCAAUUUUACGCAUGCAUUUCUUCACUGCUUAUCAAGCCAGAAUUACUGGCGAAACUCGGGAGCUAUCGACGUGAAUCAACCCUUUUUAGUUAGUGAAUCAAAUUUCUGUUGAUAUUAUUUAAAGAAUAUCCUUUCAUAUUUAUAACCUAUUCAUAACAUAUAACUUUUCCUAUCAGAAUGUAAUCGAGGAUAUUACUGGAAAAAAUCAACCCUUAUUUAGUUAAAGUGAUUUUCAAAUUUCUGUUGCUUAUGUUAUUUGAAUCAAAGAAUGAAUCAAAUUUCUGUUGAUGUUAUUUAAAGAAUAUCCUUUCAUAUUUAUAACCUAUCCAUAACAUAUAACUUUACCGACAGCGCUCUAUUAAUUUUAACGUCAAUAAUUUUAUAUUAAAACUAAAACCAUAAACUGGUUCAUGUCGUCGCGGCGUGAAGUCUUAAUUAGAAUCCUAGCGCUAUUACAAAGGAAGACGUUUCUUGAAACAAAAAAUCACACAUUAACGAUUACAUAAAUUGUUUAAAACGGCACCAUUCGACUGUGCAAUCAAUACAAAAUGUUGCAGUGUUGAUGGAGGAUGGGGCAUUUGCCCUCUUUUUUCGUCCCCACCCCGGGAGAUUUGACAGCUCAAGAGUCCCCACCCCAGGGAAUUUGCCAUCCGUGGCAAAAAAAAUCCUAAUGCCCGGGGGUCAACCCGGGGGGAGGAGAGCUAGGCGCAGCUGGAAUUGACUAAUGUAUAAGCGCUCGAUCUCGGCAAUCUCUCGCUAUGCCUCGCUGUUGUGACUGUAUUGUGGCCAUUUUUCAGUAUUUUUUUAAACUGAUUCGCAGUAGUCUUAGCCUACCUUACUUUCUAAAUUUUUCUCUUCCCCAGACUUCCCUCUUCUUUACCAAAUCAAAAUGGCAGCUAACCAUUUUAUGUAAAGAAGCUCAACUCGACGAUCACAACUUCAAAACACACCUUCAGUUCAAGCUACCUUGCCUGUGCGAGGAAAUUCAUUUUCAUUUUCAUUUAUUUUUCAUGGGGAGCAAUCAAUUUUUCAAAUUUCCUGAGAUGACCUUGCGAUGGUAGAUUAUUAGAGUCACCCGUAGUCGUGAAUUGGAUUUAUAACACGAGUGUUUUUUUCACAAGAGAGCGGUGAAAACGACAAAAGCUUUCCAAGCAAAGUGUGUUUUCACAAUAAAAUGUACGCGCUUUUGUUUAAAUUGUUUAAAUAUCCGCAAAGAAAUUUUUGCUGCUGUACGACAGCUUGCGAUAACAACAUAACCGGAGGAAUCAGUUUUCUUUUUUACACGAUACAAGACGUUGUUUUAUGCUUUCUCCGCUCGAAGUAAAAUCCAUUUUUUAAUUAAACAGUGACAUUUACCAGAAAUUUUUCUUGAAAUCGAAAACCUAUCGAAAUUGUCUCAGUGUUUUUGUUAACGCCUUGCUUGAAAGCAUUAAUUACUUCAGGGAAAAUAUUGUUUCGAUUAUUGAAGUCUUUAGUGAUGGAUGAAUGUUAAUAGGGAGGAGGCAGUAAUUUCAUUUUUUGCGGCUGAUUUUCUUUUCUUUUUUAGCGUAAAUAACCAAUAUAAUCAGCAAACCUCCCCGAUGAUUGGUUCGUCAAUACGACCGUAUAAAAUAUUGAAAAGUAAUGACAUAUUGUGAUAAUUGCAACACAUGCCGGAGUGCCGGAGUGAAAGGAGUGAGCCAUUGGUUUUAUUUCCUCUUUUCAAUUUUUAAGGUUCAAGUUUAUUUUUAAACGUUUAUAUCACAGUUGGAAUCUCUUCCAUUUGCCACGGGGUCAUGAUCUGGGCUUUGCAUGGCGCGCUAGUCACGGCAAAAUUAUUAGUAUUUUUGCUGUGUAAUGUCGGAGAAAACCAGUAAUAAUCGCCCAGAAUUGGAGCAUCGCAUGUUUCCUGCAGCGCGCUACAAAUUUUCCACGACAACUUGAAGAGCAUUCUGAAUCACAAAAUGUCCGCCGAGACUGUCGACGAGAAGAAAACGAAACCCGAGAAAAUAUCGGUGAGACUCGCUUUAAUUUUGUUGGGUAUGCGAACACUAAUGGAGAAAACUGUUUGUAAAUUUUUGCUACUGUAUGCCUUAAAGUACCUAAAAAAGAUUAUUUGUAACAUUGAAAUUUUUACUUGUAAUUUGUUUCUUAAGCAACCGGAAAAAGCAUUUUACAUGAUUCUUUGUUUUCGUGUUUUAAAGAUUACACUUAGUGUAAAAUUUAAAGUUGAGUUUGAAUAUUUUCAGGAACACAAGAUGGCGUCUGUUCGAGACGACAUGGACAUGAAUCCUGUUAUGAUGGAUAAUCCAGUUUUUGCGACCGGCAGUUCAGUGAACUUAUUUUGUCCCCUAUGCCACGAGAUGUUCAAUAAUCCACGUCUUUUACCAUGUCUGCACACAUUCUGCAAGCGAUGUUUGGAAAAUCUGGUAGUCCCGAGGUCAAGUACGCUCAGCUGCCCGGCUUGUAGAACAGAUGUUCAGCUUACAGUACGUUUUAGUGAUUUUCUCUUGCCUUUUAUUAAUUUCAAAACAACCCAGUAUUAAAUUUGAUCCAAUAUUUCAAGGAGUAAUGAAAAUCAGAGGGACACACACGUGUAAGUAAUUCUCAAAGGCUUCUUCUUAAUGCGGGUCGCACAAGGAGUUUGCCUUUAAGAAUACUAAUUUAAACUAAACCGCAGAGUCAAACAGAUAUCUACACCAAUUUAUGUAUUCAGCACUCUCUUGAUUUUAGGCAAUCACUUUGCUCAGUUCCACAAAACAACGUGGUGUUUUAGUUAAUACUGAACGAAGUUGCUGUGUCAAGUUUAGAUCUCAGUGUGGCUGCGAUAAAUCAGUGUUAAACUGUGAUCGCAGUAUAACUGCACUGACCUUUUCUAUCAUUAAAACUGACGCGUCGAGCCUUUUUUGCCUUUUUUUCUUAAAUUUAUCAUGAUGAUCUAGUUCAUGUUCACCUACACAACAAAGCGCACCUGUGAUUUUAUUUUGAAGCUUGGUGUUCAUUAGCGACGCAAUAGCAAGCCAAGUGAAGACGAACAACGACGAAGCACCCAGUGCCCAGGGAAGGGAAAGAUUUGAUCUUUGUGCCUGUGUUAAAGCUUGCGUCAAGGUAGUUUUUAAGGUGAAAUAGGGACCCUUAUCAUUACUCUUGAACUUGCAUUGCUAUUGAACACCAGGCACCAGGUACUACGCCCAAACGAACAGCACUAAUACCUUGUAAAUGAAAUGAUCAUAUUUUAAAGCUAGUAUAACCAUUGUUCACGACAAGACCGCACCGUCGUGAAAGUACCAGUCAAUGGCUUUCGCUUAAAUUGGUACGUUUUGGGACUCUAUCCACAAAUUCAAAAUUUGAAGACUUUUGAAGCAGUCGUUCCACUCACGAUCAUACUUGUCUCCAGGACAACAUAAGGCCGGUUUACAGGACACGUUUAUAAUAGACAUUGUCACGGUUUUCGACGCCAUCUUGACGAGUAGGCAAACGCGUGAGAAAUUACAGUGUUUGUAUGAGAAUCUAAUGUAAAAUGAUUUCCGUAAACCGACUGUUCUGAAAAAAAUAUAAAUUUUAGACUAAAGCUUCACUCCUAAGGAUUCUACUGAAAAAAAUUGUGGUUGUUUACAUGCCGAGAAGACCUAGAACAACUUUUUAAAAUUUUCUAUACAUUUGUUUGUAAGAAAGUCCCAGGAAAAAUUAUAGACAAAGGUAUGGAAAAUCUAAAGCAAGCCUCCGGAGAAAUUUAAGCAACGUUACGCCCCAAAAAUGUUUUAGUACAAUCCUUUGCUUUGUACCUUUAGUUUACAAUUCAUAUUUUUUUUCAGAACAGCCGUUUUACGGGAAUUAUUUGACAUUAGAUUCUCAUACAACGCCGAAACACUAAUCACUAAUUUCUCACACGUUUGCCUACUCGUCAAGAUGGCGUCGAAAACCGUGACAAGGUCUAUUAGUCGACGAGAUCUGUUGGCAGCCAAUUCACUCAUGAUGAAAUUUUUUUUCUAUUUACUUGGAAGGCCAAAAUAAAAAUCGGGUCGAAUUUUGUGUUCGCUUUAUAUUUUCUUUUAAAAAUCCGUUCGGCAAAUCGUAGCACGGAAACCAGCGCAACAACUGAUAUUUGACUUUGAUAUUAAGGAACCGAUUGCUUCCGAUCUAGGGCAGUAAAACGUUUAUUUCUUUUUUUUCCCAUUCCAAGUCCAUCAUUACAAUUCAUUACAUUUAAAUCUUACUUAUACAGUGCAUGCAUCGGUACACGACACAACCCUUAACCGACAAUGGUUACGGUUUGAGGAUUAAAAUACAUUUUUUUGAAAACUAACUUUUAUUUUCUUUAUUUCUUCCUCAGGAGCGCGGUGUCGGCGCUUUCCCGCCAAAUUUCGUGGUCACUACCAUGAUGGACGUGGCGGCUGUGCGCGCGCAUGACAAGAACCCAAUCAUGUGCAGCAGCUGUGAAGACAAACUUCCUGCGGCUGCGCGGUGUAUUGAAUGUAUGGACUUCCUCUGCCAUGACUGUAGAAAUGCCCAUAUGAGGCUGCGUUUAACCAAAACUCACAGAGUAAGAUUUAAGAGUUGAUAAGAGAUUUUAUGACGGGGAGAGGAAACGGGGAAAAGGAAGCCUUGCUAUGCAUGGAAGAAUAUUCUACAUCUACACGGUUUACAUCCCUCGAUGCAGACUGAUGAAGGUGUACCCCCCGUCCCCCCACCCCUUGUUUAUGGACGUGAGCUUUUGACUGGUUCUGGGCGAAUUUCACCGAGCCGUCUCUAAUUUUAUUCCUGGAUAAGCAGACACCUCACAAAGGCGUAACUAGAGCAGAAACGUUAAGUUUAGUUUCGCUUAUUUCUUAAGAUACUGGUGAACCCUUACCAGGAAGAAUAGAAUUUGGAAAGGAUGGGGAAAACGUAAACAGGAUCCAAUUUAAAAUCCUUCCUACCCAUCAUAGCUAUGUGGUCCUGAUUAAGAUCCAGGCCCUUGCCAGGGACUAACUUCAUUUCCCGUUGCCAAAUGUAGUCUUAUUCUGAUUUUUAUAUCCGGAGCACAUUAAAUACCUUUCGACGAACUUUUCCAAUAUCCACGAAACUUGAUCAUGGUCAUUAGUGUUAGUAGACCUUGUUACAUGGAACCUCAAUCAAAAUACUUAGACGUGACUUAGGAAAAGCGAUAGAUUUUUUUUUUGUCGAGAAAAACUUCAAUAAAUUACAGCCAAACUUGAUAUUUGAUUCCAGAGCUCAGCUUGUCACUGACGUUAAUUUGCCGGAUUUUCAGGUUGUAUCUUUGGAUGAGCUCAAAUCCAGUCCACGGCCACAAGACUUACUCCACCGACCAAUUUUCUGCAUGGAACACAUCCACGAAAAACUAAGGUACCUUACACAUUCAAGUAAGAAUGGUUCUAAACGAAAGAUGUAAUAAUGGCUAAGGGAGUAUUCUUUACUUCCUAAGCGAGUUCAAAAUUGAUAUUUUCCUCUUCCUGUGGGAGGCUUUUGACAUUGCUGAUAACAGAUUUUUUUUUUUUGAUAUUCGAAGGUGACAGCGCAAACGUCAAUUAUUAUCGUGGGUUUUAUUCUCUAAAAUUUGCCAUAUUUGGCAUUCCUCUGGAUCUGAAUUCUAAAGGACCGUUUCUAAGUUUAAGAACAGCGUGUUGUUUCAGCCUGGGACGGUAAAGAAAUGUGCGUAAAAGUUUGAUGAACGUGCAGAGUUAUUGUUUUGCUUAUUCAACCUACAAAUUUUUGAAGUUCUUGUUGCCGUCAUCGUGGUGUCCAUGACAUACAAAGUAUUCAGCGUAAACACUAACAGCAUUUAGUCUACUGAGAGGUAGUUAAAAAUUCCCCUCUUCUUUUCUGUUUUGUUGUUGUUGUUGUUGUUGUUGUUGUUUUUGUUUGUUUUAAGAAAAACAAAGUUUUGCAUUUGGAAAGCUGUUCUACUUAAUCUUUGCAGGUAUUACUGUGAAAGCUGUGAACAAGCCAUCUGUCGCGAGUGCACAAUGACGUCACACUCAACAGAACGUCACAAGUAUACCCAGCUCACAGACACAAUUGACAAACAAACUCAAACUAUCUCACAACUCGCUGAUAAACUCAAAAGAAAAGUUCCCGUUGUCACCCAGUCCACGAAAGAUGUGGAAGAGGUGACUUGCCGUCUGGAAGCUCGAGCUGAAGUAGCAAAAUCUGAGAUUCAGAAAUGUUUUCCGCGCAUUUUGAAAGCCCUGCAAGAUCGCGAGAAAGCGAUGAUGGCGGAGGUGGAAUCUAUGGUGCAAAGGAAAUCCAAAGUUUUGGGAAUGCAGCAGGAAAGGCUGGAAAAUGAACUGAAACGGCUUACAACAACGUGUAACUUUACUGGUAAGUUAUAAUGAAAUAAAUCAACUAAAACGAGUUCCACAUGACUUAAGCAUUGUCAAGCAUGGGAAACAUAAGAGCCUUGGCGAGCACGGGAAAUCCUGCAACCGGGGCGCGGGAAAAUAUCUAGUUGGCGCCAGGCCUUGGGAAACUUUUAACCUGUGCCAUAAAAACGCAGGAAAUCAUAAGUUCAGCGCGGGAAAAGAUGCAAGUGGUGCUAAUGGCGCGCAGAGGAAAUGCAGCCAACACCAGACGCCGGUAAGAAUGCCAACAAGUAGUACCAGUGUUUGUUAACUCGUUUUUUUUUCUGUCUUGUUUUCAGAGGAAGUAUUGAGGCAUGGGAAUUCAGUAGAAAUUCUUGUCAUAAAGAAACAGCUAUGUGAUCGACUGAACGAACUUAUCUCCGCUAAAUUCCAAGGCGAACCAGAAGAAAAUGACGUCAUAUACUUUUCAGCCAAUCAGGAUGAAGUGCUGAAGGCUCUGGAGAACCUGGGACAGAUAAAAACCAGUAAUGCCUUUCCCACCAUGUGCACAGUGGCAGAUGACAUGAAAAACGCCACUAGAGGAAAACGAUCAAAGUUUACCGUUCUUACUCGGUAAGGGUGUAGUACUCAUUUCAGCUUCCUCACUAAACUGAAAAUACAGUCGCUUAUUUUGCGUGUCGCUUUCGAGGUCAGUCACCGAGAUUGAGAUGCCGCUGUCUUGAUUUUGUAUGAGAGGAGUUCAACUGAGUGCCCGAGGGGACGGCCACCGACCCAACUCGACAAGCGGGCGAAAAAAAUAGGACUGUGAACAGGGCAAGAAAAAAGGUCCGUCCGAUAGUUAGGGACAAGUAGAUUUUCUUGCUGGGCAAGCAGUUUUAAGCUUACUUGCCCAAUUUGCAAAGGCUGUAAGCAAGUCAACAUCUAAAGAAAUUAUUAAUUUAUAAGAGGAGCAAGAAGUGGCCCCGGGCAAGCAAAAUGAGACAGCUGCUUGCCCAAAGGACAAGCUGGAAUGCCUUGUGUGAACACUGUACUCUUUCGAUCCCAACUGAGAAAAGAAAAAUAUUACCAAUGAGCUAAAUUUACGGGCAUAUUCACUGUGAGACCUUUGAAAGCUCCUUUUUAAAACUUUUUCAUUACCUUUACCCUGAAUGAUUUUGAGAUAGUUCCAAAAGCAUUUUUUACUUCAUUCCUUCAACCAAUGCUUCCUUGGUGUCGUCCUACAACCCAUCCUUAAGUUGCAUUAAAACUUACGACAAAUCGCCUUUUAAAAGAGAAAAUACCAUAGUUACUCCAAUAAGCGAGGCCUCGAAUGCGGCGCUUAUUUGAGGGCAAGGUUUAUUUGAAAGUUGAACGCGACAAAGAAUUGUUCUAACUACGGUGUUACUAUUUUCCGUUUUAAAACUUUCGAUUUUGAUUAUAUCCUGGCCUCAGCGCUUAUUCGGAGCUGGCACUUAUUAACUUUUUAGUUUUUUGUCCUAAAUGGGGCGCUUAUUGUAAAGACUGGUUUUCAUUAGCGCCAGAGUCGGAGUCAGAAUCGUAAGCAGAGGUCGUAAGAGCGCUUACGACUCAGUGAAAAUCAAAAAUCGGAAUCGUAAGCAGAUUCAUAAGCGCGGCGGAAUCGGAUUCGGAAGAAUAAGAAUGUUUUCAUUUUCCUCCUUCUCCGCUUAUGGCUCUUUCAUGACUCCGUCGUUUACGAUCCAGUGAAAACCAGAUUGUCGGAGUCGGAAGCAGAGGGGGAACGAUAAAGCAAUCACAAUGUACGUUCCCACGCUUUGUGAUUGGUUUAGUUCUUCCGCUGCUGCUUACGACUCCGACCACCUAGUUUUUACUUGAUCGUAAACGACGAAGUCGUAAGCAGAGUCAGAACGUUGUUUUCAAUAGAUCUUUAAGUUCUACUCUUCUGAUUACGACUCCGACUCCGUCACUAAUAAAAACCAGUCCUAACGUAUUGAACUAACUGUUUGUGAUGUGUUUAGAGAUCAUAGCGGUGCUCCGUGCAGCGGCGGUGGCGAGGAUGUAUUGGUUGAUGUUUACACAUCUGACGGGAGAACAGUGCCUGCUGAAGUAAGACAGCUUGCUGGCUCCUCCUCCUAUCACGGUUCCGCUACCUCCUCCUCCUCACACGCCCCAGUCUCGCGUUACAACUCACAAAAUGUUAGCAUUUUUUUCAAUCUGACAUGCAUUGUAAUAAUGAUUCAUGCACAAAAUUAUCGCUUUUGUUUCAGUUUGUCUGUCAUGUCAGUUUGUUUCGUUGUAUUUUAUGCACCUUUUGUUUUUUUAAUUAAUAAUUCACGGCAUGUGUAACAUCUAAAAGUGCCCUAGACGAAAGUAUUUAAGUUUCUGGGAUCCUCUUAAACCACCAAGUAGGAACACCCUGUUGGGGUUUGAAUAAUCCUGAAUCUUCUACUUCCUAGUGCUCUGUCAAAGCGCACCGGUCAAAAAAGAAACAUCUUCAGGAACCUACGUGUAACAUACUCUUUUUAACGUAGCGUGCAGCAUUUCAUUAGUUCGUUUUGGUCAUGGGAGGCGAAAGGUUUAGCCUUAAUAAACUCCUCAGGGAGUGGUAAGGCAAGUCAGGGGAACGUCGAAGGCCACUUCCCAUACACUAAGUACAUAUACUUCACAAUAGUCAAAGCACCUUUUCAUUUAUGUUUCAAUGUGAUGGAUUAUUGUAUGAAACCGAUGAGAGGGGCCAUGUCGGACAACUUUAUGUCUACUUUAAAAUUGUUAGAACAGGCCGACAAGAAAUACAAAUCAUUCUUAUGUCAACAUUCCACAAAUUCAAUGUCGACUUGGUUGGAUCACGAUGUCCUACACUGAUAUGAUAUUGAUCUUUGUUCUAAGCUGUUUUUGUUGUUGUUGCUCGUAUUGUUUAGUUUUUGUUCGCACCUGUUGGUAGACUCUUAUUAAUGAAAGUGCGCAAAUAGCCAUAAUGACCUGGAAAAAAAUUAUAUAUGUGUAGUGUAGUAAGGCUUUUAUUCUGUUCUACUAGAGGUGAAAUUUUUCACAGUUUCUCGUUACUGACUCAUUGUACUUUUAUAAGGUUGAAGACCACAGGAACGGUUCUUAUGGAGUUUCCUAUAGUCCAAUCACUGCUGGGAUGCACAAGGUACACUGUAUUUUGAUUGGUUGUUGAACGAACGUUAAAUGUCAAACUCAUGUACGGUUCACCAAAUGUUCCUGAAAGGCCCGAGUGAAUAAAACCCGGCCAUACUCAGCCUUUUUCUGCUUUGUUUGUCAUUUGGUACUGAUAGAAAUAUCUCAGAUGACAGACCAAGGAAAAUCCCAAUUCAAACGAAGUAUUCUCAGGAGAAAUCACAAUCUAGCAAAGUUUUCUAAGAAGAUUGGAAGACGCCUUGGGUUCAUCGAGACUCUAACUCUCCUCGAACCAUUUCUUCCUACCUAUCCCUCCCUCCCCUAAUCCAACACUUUGGCCUAAGUAGGAAGUUAGUGUUGAGUUUGGUUUAGGAGAGGGGGGGGGGGGGGUUAGUAGGUGGGGCAAUUUUCCAGAUUCACAUACUGAUCCAAAUAUUUGAAGCUCGCAAUUGCGUGACCAAAAAAUACUUUCUAGUCAAUGAGAAACAGGAAAUCUGUAAAUGCUACUGGAACUGGUUCCGUAAAAGUUAAUGCCUAGGACUCCUUUUUUCGUUGUAAAACGAUUUCGUCCGUAAAUAUACCGUCCAAAUUCGCUCUCUUUUGGUCUCCCAGUAAUUUAUUUUCUUCGCUCAAAUAUCCUGGGAGACCAAAAGAGAGCGAAUUUGGACGGUAUAUUUACGGAAGAAAUAGUUUUACAACGAAAAGGUUAAUGUUUGUGUUAUCUUCAGGUUUCAGUCACUGUGCGAGACAAACACAUCCAAGGAAGUCCUUUCAAAGUUAAUGUCGUCAACACUGGUGAAGCUUAUCUCAAGUUUGGCAAAAAAGGAACAGAAAUCGGCGAAUUCAAUGGCAUAUUCGGCGUCGCCGUGGAUGAUGAAGGUCGUAUAAUCAUCACGGAUUGUCACAAUCAUAGAGUACAAGUGUUCAAUCAAAAUGGCGGUUUUAUGUUCCACUUCGGACGCAAGGGGGAAGGCAGCGGACAGUUUCAGUGCCCCACAGGGGUGGGAGUGGAUCCUGAUGGAAGAAUUGUAGUCUGUGAGAGACUAGGUAGCAGAAUACAGGUAAGAAGUGAAUACUGCGCGCUACAAUACCGCCUGAAUUUCAUUUGUGUAUCUGUUAACUGAAGCGGAAUAAGACUACUCCAAGAGUUCCACAAGCCAAUAGGGAGGAGAAGUCGUUAUGUCAUGUUGCCAUGGUAGCAAAAUUUCCGAUGACAACAAACUCAAAACGUCUGUUAAAAAGUGAAUUCGUACCGUUUCAAACUUCACCGAUCCUAAUCAAUUUCGUUGAAUUAAUUUGUCUUCGCUGUUUUGCUGUUAUGAUUCAUUUGUCUUAAGGUGGAUGUCCACUUGCGCGUAAAUAAACUAGAGGCAAUGUAUGGAAGGUCACGCGUAAAGGUAAAAGUCGCUCAACUCCUCGUUUACGCGUGGCCUUUCAUAGAUUGCCUCGAUUUCAUUUACGCGCGUAAAUUUUAGGUGCGUUAGCACGGAAAAAUUACGGAACAGUGAAAGUCAACCCUUAAACAGCAGGAUUUGAAUGUCGGCAUAACUAUAAAACUUUCCAGAAUCAGCAUUUUCACUGUGGUUGCAUUUAUCCUUCAACAACGCUAAUAGGUUACUAAUACAAGCUUUUUCCUUUCUUUUGUAGAUUUUUGACCGUGAUGGGAUGUUCCUUCACAAGUUUACCGUACCUGACCUCAAGGCCUCCACGCUGGCAGUGGACGCCAAUCGAAGGAUCAUUGUCGCUGAUUCUGCAAAUCGUUGUAUUCAUGUCAUUUCACUAGACACAGGUCAUUACAAUUUCUUCUGCUAUGAAGAGUGAACGGUGUACCGUUAUUCCAGGGUGUUUGUACUACACUUUCUUCUCUGUUAAUUUACCUUGGGACAUCCUAUGGAUUGGCACGAAUUUGAAUAGAUCCUUUCCGCGUUGUUUUCAAGUUUUGAUCAAGACCAAUAAGCGAAUAUCCAGCGACAAAAUUGGAAAGCCACUUUCUCGGCCAAUCAGGGUAAAACAGAGCCCAUUCGUGACUUGUUUGUGUGUUUUUUUUCCCGCACUUUCUGCAGGCUGCGUGUACUUGGCGCAUCUGGCCGUUUUUUGACUUGCCAGAGUUGAUGACUUGACUUUACAGCAUCGUGUAACAUAUUGUUCUCUGUUCUUUUUACAGGUCAAUCGUUCAAGUUUGGUUCAUUUGGCGAUGGUAACGGAGAGCUGAAUUAUCCUUGUUACGUAGCCGUGAACUCUCAAGGACACAUCAUUGUGUCGGACAUGCACAGCCAUCGGAUUCAGGUUUGCUUCUCUCUUGAGGGCUGUAGUGUAAGCCUUGCUUGUAAAGGUAUACCGUAUUUACUCGAAUAAGCGCCGCGGCCCGGAUAUAAUCAAAAUCAAAAGACGUUAAUUCUGUUAUUUCAAUACGGAAAAUGAUAAUACCGUAAUUAAAACAAUUCUUUGUCGCGUCCAAUCUUUAAGUACACACCGCCCUCAAAUAAGCUCCGUCCUCGAAUAUGUGCCACAUUUGAGGCGUGAAAAUUUGUUAAGUGCUGCGAUGCUUAUUCGAGUAUUUCCGGUACAUAGGCUAGAAGAUCAUAAAACGAGAACUUACUGUUUUUAUCUUCGCUGUUUUCUUCUCAGGUGUUUGAUUCACGUGGUCGAUUUAUGUUUAAUUUUGGUCGUAAAGGCAGCCAAGUCGGAGAAUUAAUGCGCCCGACGGGUGUCGCGGUGGGUCAUGAGGGAAAUAUUAUUGUCGCAGAUAGAGACAAUCAUCGCAUUCAAGUGUUCUCUAGCGACGGUCGCUUCAUUAGCAAAUUUGGCACAAAGGGAGAUGGGGACGGGCAACUGAACGAUCCUCAUGGCCUGGCAUUGACCCCUGAGGGAAAUAUAAUUGUUGCAGACUUUCGUAACAAUCGUGUGCAGCUGUUUGGACAGCCAGCAUAA